UUUCCGUUGCUUUUCGCUAUAAAUUCGCCGCAACACGAAUUGUUGCAUUUGUGGCAAACUUCACAUCGAAAAUGACACGUGCGAAGCGUGAAAUUGUCAAGAAAGUAAACAAAUUGUGCUGAAGAUGGAAAUAAAAAUUGAGAAAGAGGAUCCCGAUUACUCAUAUCAGCCUGAGACAUUGUUUGUGAACUGCGAUAAUGUGAAGGAAAACUAUGCGCUUCAGGACAUUAAAGAAGAGCCUGUCGACGAGAGAGAAUCUUCCGUAAACAAGCAUGAAUUUGAUCAUGUUAAAGUUAUCAAACCCAUCAAAUCAGAAAAGACAGAACACAAGUGUCCAAUUUGCCAGAGGACAUUUAGCAAAAGAAAUGGCUUAUCAAAACACUUGAACAGCUCUCAUGACAAGAAGAAAGUUCAUAAUUGUGAGAUUUGCGGAUUUAGCUUUAAGAUUGCGUCUCAACUGAAGAAGCAUUUGAGCACUACUCACGCCACUGAGAGGAGUUUUGAGUGUGCCUAUUGCUCGAAGACGUUCAAGGGAAAGGGAAAUCUUCUUGAGCAUAUCACGUUUCAUCUGGAAAAGCCUCGGCCGUGUCCGAUUUGCAACAAGAUUCUGAAGAAUUCUCGUGCAGUGAAGAAACACAUGAGAAAUCAACACAGAGGCAGUGAAAUUGCACUGCGAAAGCCAGUUUCUUGUCACAUCUGUGGCAAGAUCUACUCAAGUGAUCACUAUCAUCGACACUUGGCGACUCAUGUGAAGAUUGAGCGGAGUUUUAAGUGUGAAAUCUGCCAUCGAGAGUUCGGCAAAAGCUGGUUGCUCAAGGAUCACAUGAGCACUCACAGUGCAGAGAAGCCAUUUGCUUGCGAUGUCUGCAGUAAGACAUUCAGGACGAAAGUAAUCCUCACUCGGCAUAAAAAGUGUCACGUUCCUCUCACCGAACCGCCCAAGAAAUGUCUCUAUUGCUCCAAAACUUACAGGCAACAUUCCAGUUUCGAUCAACACAUGAUUAUUCACCACAGAGGACUUCCUAAGAGAUCAAAUAAAAUUCCCGUUUGCACAGUUUGCAAUACGAAAUUCAAGAAUCUAAAAGAAUUGAUCGAUCACGUGAAGAUUCAUAAACUGGAGAAACGCUUCGAGUGUGCAACUUGUGGUGCGAAAUUUGUCUACAAAUCCAAAUUGAAAUAUCAUAUUGAUAUGAUUCACUUGAAUCGAGAGAAUGAGACGAAAGAGGAACAAAAGUGUGUCCAAUUUGCUUGAAAACAUUUAAGACUGAAACAUUUCCGCAGAAACAUCUGAAGAGACACACUUUCGCAGGGCAGUUUUCUGCGGAUACGCAGAAAGCACACAUUGAUGUUCAUCUGACUCUUGCAGAGGUGCCAAAAACUGAAGCUGCUUUCACUGCACAAUGAUUUUCGACAAGAAACAACAGUCGAAAUGCAAUGUUUAAAAGACAUUCUCAUUUCCAAUUGCAUUAUUCAAUGCACAGCAGUUGCAGUAAACUGAAGGAAUGAAUUUGGAAGGCAUUUCUGAAGAAAAUACAGUAUUAAAAUACAAUCGUAAUAACGAAUGAUAUUUUAAAAGAGCAUUUGAAGCCAACUUCACUGCGCUAUAAAAAUUGACGUCUUGCAAGACGU